AUGCGACCGUCCUCGCAGCCGACAGUCCACCGCCUGCUAAAGAAGCACAGCGACGAAUGCGGCACCGGCGACGCAUGGCAGGCUGGUCAUGACGCAAGCCUCUACAACCAACUCUACUCUACAUCGCUCUACAACGCAGGCAGUUCGUCGCGCGGCGGAUGUAGAGCUCUACAGCUCUACAGCGCUCCAGAGCGCUCUACAUCUCUACAGCUCUACACAGCGCUCCAGAGCGCUCUGCAUCUCUACAAACAGCUCUCCUACAGAUCCUCUACAUCCUCUACUCUGACAAAAAAGAAAAACUGGCGGUUUCCCUGGCCCCACGCCGUGUCCGGCUUCCACGUGGGAUCGCACGUGACGUCUGUCGCUGCCCAAGCCGGCGCUCUGCGCUCGCUGCAUCGGUUGUGUCUGGCAGAGACGUCCAGCGGAGUGGACGUCUCGUUGGAGCCGACGUCAGCCGGCGCGGACUGCGGCUGCGCAGAGCCGCAGGGCGUGGUGAUGAAUGACGUCCGCGUGACGGGCCGCAAGCUACGCAGUAUGACGCCGCGUCUCGCCGCCGCCGGCGUCGCGGGUCCGCUCUUCAUCUCUGUCGGCCGUCCCGACCAGCUCAAGCAGUUCCUCGAGGUCAACCCGGAGCUCACGGGCGCAAAGGCUCUGAUCGACGACUCGCCCGACUUUGCCGGCUACAGGGCGGCCGGCUUCAACCUCAAGCUAGGGGAAAAGCAGCUCGAGAAGCCGCCGGACUUCAAGCCGCCCAAGGCCAUGGGGAUGGGCAAAUGGAUGACCUACCUCAAGAAUGUGGGCUCGCUCUCGCCCGUGCCCAAGGGCAUGAAGUUUGGCGAGUUCCCCGAGGGCGUCAAGGUGCUGGGCGGCACGUACGCGAUCGACUGCGACGAGGUGCUCUUCGCGCACAGCGACGAGGUGCCGGGCGCCACGCCCAAUAUCGAGGAGGUGCUGGCGGCAGCCGGGGCAGCCUGA